AUGGGCGCUCCUCCGGCGGAAAGCGCAUAUGCACGCCCGCCUGAGGAGGAGGAGAUUCUGCCAGAGUACUCGGAGCGGCCAGAGCCACGUUCAGAACCAGACGGCGUAGCAGGACCAUCACGCCUGCCAGCCUACGAGCCGGCCAGCAGUCCACCAAGGACGGCCACGGGGAAGACAGCACCCCCGGCAUCUCUUCCCUCUAUGCUCGACGUCGGCGACGGGACCAGCCACCGCUUUGCUCCCGACGACGUCUUGCCGCCCGCUGUUUUUGUGCUGGACGGCGCCGUCAUUUACAGUGCUACCGACCCACAGCGCACGCCCGUCUACACGCUCGGGGCGCCGCUCACGGCCGCCGUGCCGCAGCGUCCCGGCCCGUCGUUCUCGCUGGCCCUGCCGCCGCCCACGCACAAUGCGUUUUCCCGCAUGGAGCCCAAGGCGUCCGACCCGGCGCAGCGCAAGCCGCGCCACAUUUACAAUCUGCGCCACGGCGCGCAGCUUGGCGGCCCGCCGCUCGACGUGUUUGGCGCCGCCGCCGACUACUGCUGUCUGCAGCCGAUGGCCGGCCCCACGCGCCGGCUGGGCCUCCUGGGCUUCGUCGCCGGCGCGGCGCCGUCGGCGUCGGCCGUGAUGCCGUCGUGGUCGGCGCCCUCGCUCGCGGCGCUGGCUGCCGCCGACACCUGGACGGCCCUACCGUUCCGCUACGACGACAUCGACUACGACAUCGACAACGACGGCGCGACGUCGGCAGCCAUCCGGCCGCCGUCGCCGUUCACGACACCCGGCGGCGUGGCCUUGUGGGAGGCGCGGCGGACCAAGGGACAGGGCGCGGCGGCGUGCCACGCCAAAUGGGUUGAGGCCUACGUCGCGCAAGACGCCCGCGACGGGCGGUUCCGCUACGACAAGGACAACAAGUACUACAAGGGCCACGACGCCAAGUAUGCGGCCACCGACCCCAACGACCCCGCGAGCGUGGCGCUCGAGUACGGCGACGGCGACGGUGCGCUGCCGCGGCUGGUGAUCACGACGGCGCUGCCGCGGCAGCAGCGCGACGCCCUCGUGGCGCUGUGGUGCCUGCGGCAGUGGGCCUUGCUGGCGACACGGCCGUCGCGCGCGGUGCAGAGGAUGCCGGCACCGGUGCCACUUGCACAGGAGAAGAGAUCGAGUGGGCUAUGGAGCAAGCUGAAGGGAUCCAUAUAG